UCUUGUUUACCACGUGCUUUUUGCUCAUCUGCCGUCUAGUAAUAAUAACAUGAGCGACACCGAGAAAGAGUUCAGGGAGCAGGUUGAGGUUGGAAGAAAGAAAAAGGCGGAAGACGUGUCAGAUGACUCACAGCCUGGCUCUAGGAGUGCGUCCCCUCGGGGCUCAGCAAAAUCCACCAGCCACUCACCAGCACGCUCUAAAGAAGGCUCCCGCCGCUCCAGGUCGAGAUCCCGAUCUCGAUCCAGAUCCAAAUCCAGGUCCCGUUCCCAUCGAAGCUCACGCAAGCAUUAUUCUCGGUCCCGUUCCCGCUCCCACCGACACCGGUCCAGGAGCCGUUCUCGUAGCUGGGAGUACCGCCGGCAUAGGAGCCAUAGCCGCUCCCCCAUGUCAAAUCGUCGCAGACACAUUGGAAACAGGGCUAACCCAGACCCACACAACUGUCUGGGUGUGUUUGGACUGAGUCUCUACACCACGGAGAGAGAUCUGAGGGAGGUUUUCUCUAAAUACGGCCCUUUGAGUGCCGUCAACAUUGUUUAUGACCAGCAGUCGCGUCGCUCAAGAGGCUUUGCCUUUGUCUACUUUGAAAACUGUCAGGACUCCAAGGAGGCCAAGGAGCGUGCUAAUGGGAUGGAACUUGAUGGGCGCAGGAUCCGAGUGGAUUUCUCCAUCACAAAACGAGCCCAUACACCCACUCCUGGAAUCUACAUGGGACGUCCCACAUACGGCGGCGGCGGCGGUGGUGGUGGAGGUGGUGGUGGCGGCGGCAGCGGUAGCGGCAGUGGUGGUAGCAGUAGUGGUGGUUCAUCACGACGGCCCUCGAAGGACUGUGACCGGGGCUACGACAGAGGUUAUGACCGGAGUUAUGAUCGUGACUAUGAUCGCUAUGAAGACAGAGAGUACAAAUCAUACAGACGCAGAUCUCCGUCUCCUUACUACAGCAGGGGGUACCGCUCACGAUCCCGGUCCCGGUCCUACUCGCCACGUCACUACUGAGCAGUUGGAGAAGAAGGCUACAGUUUCAGUGUUAUUGUUCAGAUGCUUUCUUUUUCUUGACUUUUUAUGUUUUGUUUGCUUUGUUUUCAGAUAAUGUAUGUUAUAUGAAUUCUGGAUUUGUUUAUGUAUUGAAGGUCUAAAAAAAUGUCAGUGGUGAAUUUAUCAUAACCAAAUUUGUAGGCAAACUCGUGAAAAACCUAAAAUUUCAGAUAAUAGGUUCAAGUGAAAAUGAGCAACGCUUCAGAUCUGCACCAAAAACAACCUGUGAUGUUAUUUUUGGGUAUCCUAACAGCUGAAACAGAAAAGGAAAACUUGUUUUGCGUUGCUAAAUACACAAAGGGCUGGGUUGUUUAUGCUCAGCUCAGACUUGUUUUUAUUCAAGCAGGAUUUUCUUUGGCAGUUAUAUUAUAGUUUCUAACUUUGCUGUUUGUACGUAGCUGUCAAGAUCCCAGUUUGCACGUAUUUAAUGUUUUAAAUACCAACUCUUCUAUUUAUUUUUGUGUUUUUCCGGAGGAAAGUUCUUUUUUUGGGGUGUUGUACAUACACAAAAUGAUACUUUGGUCAGUUCUGUUGUCUAGUGACAGUUUGUAGUAUACUGUGAUGGCCGCAUUGCUCCGUGGUUUUUGAUGCAGGUAUUGUACCAUGAAGUCCCAUCAAACAGUUUAUUUGGUGUGUUUUUUCUUGACAAAUAAAAAAUAUUCUGCUUAGACAUUACGUAUGCACCCUGAUUUGAGUGAUCUUCCAUAAUAAAGCCGUUUUGUCACAA